UUGUAUACCACCAAACAAAAACGAAUCAUCGUCACGACACAGGCAAACCGAGAGGGAGGGAGAGAGAGAGAGAGGGAAAGAUGGGAGGCAGGCCGGCCGAUUGGGUGGUGUGCAAGCCCAGCCGGAGCGACGAGGUGAUUCCACCGGAGGAGCAACUCAGGACGGCGAAGGAGGUUCAGGCGCACUUCGACUCCAUGGCCCCCAAGCGACCCCAGAAGCCCAACCGCAGCGAAGCCUCCACGACCGCUGACGACUCUCCUCCCGACGCAAUUCAUCCCAUCCAUGAUCCACCGGAACUCGAGAAGCUCCAGACACUGCGAACGGAAUCUCAUACCAUAUUGGCGGAUGGGCGAGUAUAUUCGAUGGAGGAGUUCGUGGAGACCGAUUACUACAAGAGGCUCAACUCGAUAGACAAGAACCACUUCACGACGGGGACGGGAUACAUAAAGGUUAUGGAGGGAGUCGACGGGGUCCGAUGGAGACUUGAGGAAGGAGGGGCGGCGUUGGCCAACAGCGUGGUGGUGAAGACCAGGACCAAUCCCGCUACCAACGACUGGAUCCCAUCAGAAGAUCAACAGAUGGCGUUUGUUUCCUCGAAGCCGCAUCGGAGCGAAAGCGAGGCGUGAAAAGGACGGAGAUCUCCUAGUGGUGGGGCCAUGUGAAGGCCCCAGGACUUUGUGUCUCUUUCCUUGUCGUGGCAUUGUCAUAAAGAAAACAGAGCGAGUUGGAACUCCUUGGUGUUGUGUAGCCGCAUAGGUUUGCAAACAAUAAAGAUGGUGGCGUGCGUCGCUUGUCCUUCUCUGAAUCAAUGGAAGGUCUCGACUUUCUGGUUUCGAUGCGCAGAGAGAAGGUCUCAAAACUCAGGUGUUCAAAACUUCAUCCCGCUUCUAAGAUAAUCGAUGUAUCAUAUUUUAGCUUCUAAGAUUGUGAGGGUUACGUUCUUGAUU